AAUCAAACAAAACAACCAUCAACCAUCGAUUUGAAAUUGCGAUACACGGAAAGGGCAUCGGCGGAGAGACCUACAACUCUGAAAGCUGUAAAAAGUGGUUGUUGUUUGAUAUUUUUCAUGUUUUGUCCUGUAAACUGAUCUCUGCGUCUCGUCACAAGGUAUAAUUUCAGUUCCGUGUGAAAUGGCACCCGUUAAGAAACCCGCCGGUAGCGGACGGAAGAAAGCCGCCAAUGGCUAUCAGAUGCCCGAGCCGGUGCCUCCGGGUACGGUGCUAACCGAUAUGACCAAGCGCCAAUGGAAGGUCGGCCCCUCGAUCGGAAGCGGCGGAUUCGGUGAAAUCUACUGCGCAUGUGAUGCCAGUUCCGGUGUGAAGAAACCGGACGAUUAUCCUUAUGUUGUGAAGAUUGAGCCCCACGGCAAUGGACCCUUGUUUGUGGAGAUGCACUUCUACAUGCGCAAUGCCAAGCAGGACGAUGUUGAAAAGUUCAGGAAAGCCCGUGGUUUGAAGCAUCUGGGAAUGCCUCACUUUGCUGGCAACGGGUCGCAUGAUCUGCAGAAUUUGAAACACCGUUUCUUGGUGAUGCCCCGAUACAGUACCGAUCUGUGGAGUAUUUUCUUGCGCAACGAGAAGCGUUUCCCGCUGCACACGGUGUACCGAAUAGCAUUGCAGAUGGUGGAUGUUUUGGAGUACAUUCACGACUGUACCUAUGUUCACGCUGAUUUGAAAGGGGCGAAUAUACUUCUCGGGUUCGGGAAAACGGCCAGCAAGCAGCAACUGUUCUUGGUUGAUUUCGGUCUAGCGAGUCACUAUACCAGCAAGGACUUUAAACCGGAUCCGAAGAAGAUGCACAACGGUACCAUUGAGUAUACUUCACGCGAUGCCCACCAGGGAGUUCCAACGAUGCGCGGAGAUAUGGAAAUCUUGGCGUAUAACGUGGUGCAAUGGGUUGGCACUUUGCUCCCAUGGGAGGCGGAGAAGCUAUUAGCUAGCCCCGUGAAGGUCCAGGAAUCAAAGGAAAAACAUAUGAAGGACGUUAGCGGUUUCAUGAAAUAUUGCUUCAAAAAGGACAUUCCUAAGCCCAUCCACGAGUACGUAAAAUACGUAGCUUCGUUGGAGUACAACAAGAAACCAGACUAUGCCAAAUGUAGGAAAAUGUUCGAAUCCGGUCUCAAGGAGUUGAAAAAAUCAAACUCUGGAGAUUUGGAGUUCGAAUCAAAAUCGCUGGCUGCUUCACCGUCAAAGAGGAAAAUUGUUGAGCCCGAUUCGAAUGAAUCUUCUGGGCCGAUGGCUCGUCCUCGUGGUCGGCCUCCGAAGGUCAUCAGCACAAGUCCGGACACCACUACGCAAGACGUGGCACCUGUGAAAAGAAAAACGGAAACACCAUCCAAGCCCGUCCAGAGGAAGAAGAAACCCACUGUCGCCAUCGAAUCAUCUGAACCAGGACUUAACGGUCACAAAAUGUCCACCCCUUCGUCGGGAGUAAUAUCGACUAAGCUCUCCGCUCAAGAGCAAACCGGUUCGAUUCGGUUCAACACCAACGUUAGCGGAGGUGGUACUCCCAAAGCGGGCAGCAAAGUCAAGAAAACCUACGCCUUCAACUUCGAGUUGGACGUCAGCAUCGACGCCGAUGUGAUCGUCAAUGUCCAUCGGAGGAAGAAGAAGGCGGGCGAAGCUUCCGCUCCGGAAUCAUCUCCAGCGCCGCGAAGAAGAUCUAUAUCCGCUUCACCUUCGCCAGUCGUUCAUAAGCGUCCCCGGCGACAGAACGCGUCUUACAACCAAGACAGCAGCCCUAACGUACCCAGUGACAACGAUAGUAUCAUUUCGCUCAACACAACCGAAGCCUCGGUGCAGCCGGACGACGAUACCAUUCCGAACAGUGAUCCAAACACGCCGCAGCCGCGCUAUCACGCGUCCCGUUCCAUUGUGAACACUCCACAGCAGAAGGGGACGAUCGAGCGGAACAAUGCUCGGACCCGAGCUGGCGAGUACAAGGGCAAGAAGGCCAAAUCUUGAACGGGGGACAAGGACAAACAUGGUAAGGCUUUUCUUUCCUUCCAUUCGGUAGUAGCCGCCAAACGAAAUUUUUCUCUUAACAAUACAUAAUUAUAAAAACAUCGUAUGUGUCGCGUAUUUAGUGUUUAAUGUUGAUAAGUUGUUUUUGCGAUCAAUAAAAGCAGAAGAGGCCUAUUCUGCGCCUCUGAGUUGAUGCCACUGUGUAUU